AUGAAACCCUUCCGAAGAAGAUCGAUGCUCCCGCUGUUAUCAGUACUAUUCGCUGCCCAAAAUGCUCUCGCCAUUGAUAUCGAUCUAUCAAGCCCGGACUCGAUGAAAGCAGCCGCUAAAAUCGCCGCAGAUGAGAUGGUCUCAUAUUACACCGGCUAUCGACCUGGAGAUGUCCCCGGUAACUUGCCAGCUCCCUACUUCUGGUGGGAAGCUGGUGCCAUGUUUGGAGCAUUGAUAGAUUACUGGUAUUUUACCGGUGACGACACCCAUAAUAAUAUCACCACUCAAGCUAUGCUUCAUCAAGUCGGCCCGGAUUGGGAUUUCAUGCCUCCCAAUCAAACCAAGACCGAAGGCAACGAUGACCAGGCUUUCUGGGCCAUGGCAGCUCUUUCUGCUGCAGAAAACAACUUUCCUAACCCUCCCCCGGACCAGCCACAGUGGCUAGCACUAGUGCAAGCCGUCUUUAACACACAGGCCGCUCGAUGGGAUCUCGCUUCUUGUGGUGGUGGCUUGAAGUGGCAGAUCUUCGCCUUCAACAACGGUUACAAUUACAAAAACACCAUUUCCAACGGUUGCUUUUUCAACAUGGGUGCACGUCUUGCCGUUUACACCGGUAACCAGACCUAUGCCGAUUGGGCAAACAGAGUCUGGGAAUGGACGUCUGCAGUCGGUCUUAUGGAUGCCGAUUACAACUUCUUUGACGGCAGUGAUGAUGAUUUGAAUUGCACAGAGCUUGAUCACAUCCAGUGGACGUACAACGCAGGAACGUAUCUUGUUGGAGCAGCCAACAUGUACAAUCACACUGGUGGCGACCCACUCUGGGAAGGCCGUCUUCGAGGCAUCAUCGGUAGAAUUCAAGAGAUCUUUGUCAGAGACAACAUCAUGUUUGAGGUUGCAUGCGAGGACAUCGAUACUUGCAAUAUUGACCAGCGUUCCUUCAAAGCUUAUCUUGCCAGAUGGAUGGCAGCGGCCUGUGUGAGAGCCCCAUUCACAUAUGCCCUACUGAAGCCCAUCUUGGAAGCUUCCGCCACAGCUGCCGCCAAAACCUGCACCGGUGGGGCGAGCGGUACUCAGUGUGGUCUGAAAUGGACUCAACAAAGUUUUGAUGGCUGGACCGGAGUUGGCGAACAGAUGUCAGCUCUGGAGGUUUUCCAGUCCAAUCUCAUCGAAUACUCCGCGGGACCUGUCACGGACGUAACCGGUGGAACCAGCCAAGGUGAUCCCAAUGCCGGCACAAAUAGUGCUAUCGGCCCCGAGGACCUCAACCAAGAACCCGUGACUACCGCCGAUAAGGCAGGCGCAGGUAUCUUGACUGUGUUGGUAAUAUUCGUGGUAGUGGGAGGCGCAUGGUGGUUAGUGGUUUAG